CUCAUUUCACAAAAAAUUCCAUAAUCAUCAUCUCCUAUAGGACCCAUAUUUGUCGAAUCACCGAUCACUGAUGCCUAAGCGUGCUUCAUACUGAUUUGCCUUCUUAUCCUCCUUACACAUUAAAUUGUCUUCACUGAUUGGGUCGAAAGUUCAUGAAUUGGCUGGUUUUGGCACAUUAUAUUUCAUCUGUGCUUUUGAUUUGCCUCUCUCUCCGUGUUCGUUCUUUGUUCCAUGGCUUAGUGUCACAUGAAGAAGGAUGAAGCUAAUCAUGAUUUAGAUGGCUUUAUUAAUCACAUCACGUUUCAUUAUAUUUUGCCUUGUUGUUAAAGUUUGUGAGGUAUACACUCUUUUUAUCAGGCAGUGAAAUUCUGGCCCCCCUCCUCUCCUCCCUCCUUUUUCCUCGCACCGGCGGAUAAGGCAUACGCCUAAACUUCUUGCUUGUUCAUGUGAUAGCUAAUUGGCACAUCCAAUGACAAAUUCUAAUAUGCUGAUACUCUUCCUAGGACAAUGAAUUUUCUGCAAAGGUAUACUACCCACAACGUGGUGACAGAACAAGUUCCUGUACACGAACCUUCUGCAGACACGCGUUAUGCAUCGAAGCCGUCAGCAACUCUGGAGGGUCUUAUAGCUGAAGAUCCAUUUCCCCAAUCUCCUACAGCUGAAGGUGGUGAUGGAGAGGCUCAGGGAAUUGGUGAUGAAAAUGGCACCGUUGGUGGUGUGAGCUCAAAAAACUGCUCUCUUGUUGUGGAAAACCACUCAGAUGUUUCUGAAGAAGAAGGAUGGAUUGCUAUUCCACAUGGACAGCUUCCUGAUGGUUGGAAUAAUGCUCCAGAUAUACAUUCAUUACGCUCUCUGGAUCGGUCAUUUGUCUUUCCUGGCGAGCAAGUUCACAUCCUGGCAUGUUUGUCAGCAUACAAGCAGGAUACAGAGAUUAUUACUCCAUUUAAAGUUGCUGCAGUAAUGUCUAAAAAUGGCACUGGACAAAACCCUGAAAAUCAAAAUGAGAAUAUGAAAGAAGGAACAGUUUUGGUGUAUGGAGAAGCGGAAGUGAGUACUGAUGACCAAGCAAUAGACCAAAAUGGGAAUGGGCCAUCAGAAAAGGGGAUUGAUCCAAAAAAGGGUAUCUCCGCCAGUGAAUCCAUUCUCAGAAUGGAAGAUCACAAAAGACAAACUGAAGCGUUAUUACAAAGAUUUAAGAACUCUCACUUUUUUGUUAGGAUUGCAGAGUCAGGAGAGCCACUGUGGUCAAAAAAAGGUGCUCCUGAUUCAAACUCUUCUGAAAUGGAUGAUCAGAACUCCAGUCAAGAUGAAACGAAAAAAACUGCAAAUAACAUGUCUCGACUUGGUGCUAUUAUUGAUAGAGGAGAUUCUGAUGCCCACGCCUCUGGUGGAGCAGCAAGAAAUUCUGUUAACUGCUUCUCUCUCUCUAAUGGAGACAUAGUGGUACUUUUACAAGUUAAUAUUGGUGUUAAUUUUAUGAGAGAUCCUGUUAUUGAGAUUCUUCAAUUUGAGAAAAAUCAUGAGAGACAGCUGUCUGUUGAGAACCAGGACAACUUUAAUGGCAUGAAUUAUGACCCUUAUGGUGAAUUGUUAAAAUGGUUGCUUCCUUUGGAUAACACUCUUCCUCCUCCAGCUCGUUCUUUAUCUCCUCCUCAUUUAGGUUCUGGUUCAGGAAUUGGCAGGGCUUCUCAAAAGUCUAACCCUUCUGGUUCUCAGCUCUUAUCUCAUUUUAGAAGUUACUCCAUGUCAUCAUUGCCUCAAAAUACUGCACCAUCUCCUCAACCUGUUAAAGUCCAAAGUUCUACACCCAGCUUUGACCUUGGAGACUUGAGCCAGUUCUCAUCUCAGAAGUUAUGGAAAAAUCAAAAAACAGGGGGUGAAGGUCUUUUAUCUUUCCGAGGUGUAUCGUUAGAGCGAGAAAGAUUUUCUGUUCGUUGUGGGUUGGAAGGAAUCUACAGUCCAGGAAGGAGGUGGUCAAGGAAACUUGAAAUAAUUCAACCUGUGGAAAUCCAUUCUUUUGCUGCUGAUUGCAAUACAGAUGAUCUUCUCUGUGUCCAGAUAAAGAAUGUUUCUCCAAGAAGUAAUCCCGAUAUUGUGGUAUACAUAGAUGCUAUAACAAUUGUUUUUGAGGAGGCUUCAAAGACUGGAUCACCUUCAUCAUUACCAAUUGCAUGCAUUGAGACUGGAAAUAACCACUGUUUACCAAAUCUAGCUCUCAGGAGGGGUGAAGAGCACUCUUUUAUUCUUAAACCAGCAUGUACUAUGCAGAAGAAUCUUAAAGUUCAUGGUGAAAGAAUUUCCCUGUCAUCAAGUUCUCGUAUUGCAUCAAAUAACAUUGAAGGAAGGAGGAGUGUUUCAAAUACUGAUCAGUAUGCAAUUAUGGUGUCUUGUCGAUGCAACUACACUGAAUCAAGGUUAUUUUUCAAGCAGUCAACUAGUUGGCAACCACGUAUCUCAAGGGAUCUUAUGAUAUCUGUUGCAUCAGAAAUGUCGGGUCAAUCUUCUGGACCUAACGAAAGAGCCUUUCAGCUUCCAGUUCAGGUCUUAACCCUUCAGGCAUCAAAUUUGACAUCUGAAGAUCUAACCAUGACAGUUCUUGCUCCUGCUUCAUUUACUUCUCCUCCUUCAGUGGGGUCCUUGAGUUCACCAAGAGCACCAAUUGGUCCAUUUGUUAGUUUGGCUGAGUCUACAGGUAGAAUAAAUGGGGAGAGACAUGGCGCUGCAAUGCAGAGGCUGAGCUCUGUGCCUUCAUCAGGGAAUCCAAAACAGAGUGGCAGUGUCGGAGUUCACUUUGUUUCUUUUAAUGGGCAAUCUUCUCCUAUAGCUGAUGUCAUUCCCAGUAAUGGUUUGGGUUGCACACACCUGUGGCUCCAGAGUAGAGUUCCGUUAGGAUGUGUUCCUGCUCGGUCGACAGCUACCAUCAAGCUUGAGCUACUUCCAUUGACUGAUGGCAUAAUUACACUGGACACUUUACAGAUUGAUGUUAAGGAGAAAGGUCUGACCUAUAUUCCUGAGCACUCACUGAAGAUAAAUGCAACUUCAAGCAUUUCCACAGGGAUUGUUUAGGAUGGAUCAAUUAUACUUUCUGUUUCUUACCAAAUUUAAUCUUCAACCAUGGAAAGCGAUUCGAAGGGCUGUCUUGACUUGUAUCACCUAGUUAUUUUGUGUUCCUUGAUUUUAAGAAAGUUAUACCCUCACCUCAUGUAUUGUGAAUCAUGACCUGGAGACACAAUGGCUGUCAUAUACCCUCGUAAUGGGAGAGAAAUAUACCCUUUGGAGAUGGAUUGAACCGUGUGAAUUGUUCUGAUUUAAUACUUCAAUGACAGCACGGAAUUCAUUCUUGCUCGUGUAUUCUAUUCUAUUCACUAAUCUGUACACCCCAUUUUUUUACGGUAACGUUAUAGAUGCGGGGUCCAUAAUUAUCUGGUUUAA